AUGGCACCUUGGAAGCAGACCAUUCUAUCUGCUCUGGCAACUUCCUCCAUCACCCAAUCAACAUACCGGUCUCGUCCAGAUCUCGCACCACCACAGCUCAACAUCACCGUGCCCGCCCCAAACGCCAAUGGCUCCGAGUAUGUUUUCCUUGCCCCCUACUCUACUGGCAAUACACUCGACCGUCCUGGUCCAUACAUCUAUCGCAAAGAUGGAGACCUAGUAUGGGCCGGGACCGGUUACUAUGCUGGGUUUGUUGCGAAUUUCCACACCACGACAUACCAAGGAAAAGCUGUUCUGCAAGCUUUCCAAGGAAACUUCGAUGGAUCUCACGGCGAGGGUUUCGGACAGAGUGUACUACUUGAUCAAAAUUAUGAGCAUGUCGUUACUUCAAUUGGGGCAAAUCAUCGGAUUACUUCGAUUCAUGAGUUUAAUGUGAUCGACGGCAAGAGUGCAUUGAUUGAAGUAUUUGAUAUCACAUCGAAAGAUUUGUCUGCUUAUGGAGGGAAUUCGUCUCAGCAGUGGCUAGGGAAUGGGAUAUUCCAAGGUUUGCCUCAUGGUGCCAUUGGUUAUUUGAGAGUUGCUAACGAAGCAACAGAUGUUGACAUUGCCACGGGGGACCUUGUCUUUGAAUGGAAUGCUUUAGAUCAUGUUGAUCCAUCGGAGAGUCAAAUAACAUUAGGCUCGACGAGCUCCAACAGUGGAUUGUCCUUUGGCCAAGCAUGGGAUUAUUUCCACAUCAACAGUGUGGACAAGAACCACGAAGGCGACUACCUACUCUCCUCCAGACACACCAGCACAAUAUUUAAAAUAAAUGGCACAGAUGGGUCAAUUAUCUGGCGACUUGGUGGUAAGAAAUCCACCUUCACACAGAUCGGCAAUUGGACUUUCGGGUUCCAGCACCACGCACGCUGGCACCCACAACUCAGCCAGCCCGGAACUGAAGUCUUUUCAUUCUUUGAUAACUCCGGAGAUGGCAAAAUCACCCUCAACAACGUGUCUCGGGCUUUGGUAGUGCAGCUCAAUCACACAGACCACACAGCGACGCUUCUUCGGAAAGCGACAGCGCCUUAUGGGCUUCAAGCACGGUCUCAAGGAAACGCCCAGCUUCUUUCUGAAGAUAGAAUCUUUGUUAACUGGGGCUCGGAGGGCGCAGUGACAGAAUUUGGUGCUGAUAACCAGGUCCUAUAUCACGCUUUCAUUCAAUCUGGGCUCAGCUAUCGCGGGUUCCUUGGCAACUGGACGGGGACCCCUACCGAAGCUCCAGCUUUGGUGGCAUUGAAGUCAUCCCCUAACUUGGUGAAAGUUUACGUAUCCUGGAAUGGUGACACUGAGACCAAAGCCUGGCGAUUUUAUUAUGUCCAUGGGGGAAAGAAAAGCCGAAUUGGUCAAGUGAAGCGCAACUCAUUUGAGACCGUUUACACUUGGGAAUCAGAGCUUGCAUUGUCUGACUCUGCCAAAUUUAUUGCCGAGGCUGUUGAUCACAAUGGGGCAACUAUUGCGCAGACCGGUCUGAUUGCUUCUACGGCUAAUGUUAAGUUGGUUGCAUGA